GCAGUUGAUUCAGCAUGUGCGUCGGGUGCCAUUCGUAAAGUGGUGGUCUGUUAUUCCAGGCACACAUACAGAGAUGCGAGCGGGAGCGCAACUUCUCCGACGAAGCUGUCUUGUUUCUAUUUUAUAGAUCAAUAUAUUUACGUAUCGAUUUCUUGUUUUGCUGAGGACGUUUCGCUACAAUAUGAUUUCAUUAUGAUUUUGCGUGCAUAAUGUGCGGGGCGAAGUGAUGCGGCGUUGUAUUUCUUCGGGCAAAAUUGUCACGAGGUCCGGAGAGAUGUUUUCAAAGAAGUUCUGUGUGGUCAUUUUAACCGUUAGAAAAAACAUCAGCUGAGCUUGUAGUAAGCACUGUAAUUGUUUGCCUUUGAUACAUUUGGAUACUGAAUGUGACUGAGGGUUGAAAACCAGUUUGGACAUAGACCGACCUGUCACAACGCAAAAAUGACCAACUACAAGAAUAUGGAGACACAUACCACGCAUGUCUUGCUAUUGGCGGUAUCAAUCAUCUGUACCGCCUUGGGGUCCCGUGCACGUUUUGAGGACAGCUCACCUCGGAUCUUGGAAGACCCCUCUGACUUGAUCGUGUCCAAGGGGGAACCCGCAACACUCAACUGCAAGGCAGAGGGGCGGCCUAACCCCACUGUGGAGUGGUACAAGGACAGGGAGCGGGUGGAAACGGACCGGGAUGACCCUCGAUCUCACCGAAUGCUCCUUCCCAGCGGCUCCCUCUUCUUCCUGCGUAUCGUCCACGGACGACGCUCCAAACCAGAUGAGGGCGUCUACACCUGUGUGGCACGUAACUACCUUGGAGAGGCUGUCAGUCGAAACGCUUCACUGGAAGUAGCCAUCCUGAGGGAUGACUUCCGCCAGGCCCCCAGUGAUGUGGUGGUGGCAGCCGGUGAGCCAGCGGUCCUGGAGUGUGUUCCCCCCCGCGGUCACCCUGAGCCCACCGUCUCCUGGAAGAGAAACAAUGCCCGCGUCAGCAGCAAGGAUGACCGCAUCUCUAUGCGUGGGGGCAAGCUGAUUAUCUCCUACACCAGGAAGAGUGAUGCUGGCAUGUAUGUGUGUGUGGGCACCAACAUGGUGGGAGAGAGGGACAGUGACCCUGCUGAGUUGGUGGUGUAUGAGCGUCCUGUGCUGAUACGGAGGCCGGUGAACCAGGUGGUGAUGGAGGAAGAAACCGUUGAUUUCCUGUGUGAGGUACAUGGAGACCCCGCCCCCACGAUACGCUGGCGUCGAGAGGAGGGGGAGCUCCCCCGUGGGAGGUUUGAGAUCCACAGUGACAACAGCCUACGUCUGACUAGGGUGAGAGGAGAGGACGGGGGAACUUACACCUGUAUGUCUGAGAACAGCGUGGGCAAGACAGAGGCUUCAGCCACGCUAGAGGUUCAUGUGCCCCCACAGAUCACCAUUAAACCCCAGGACCAGAUCUCCGCUCAGGGGUGCAGUGUCACCUUCCGCUGUGGCACCAGAGGAAACCCCUCACCUGCCAUCUUCUGGAAGAAAGAAGGAAGCCAGAUGCUGUUGUUUCCUGGCCAGCCCCUCUCCCAGUCCGGUCGCUACUCUGUUUCCAUGAGUGGUGAGCUGUCCAUCACCGACGUGCACCUGGAGGAUUCUGGGUAUUAUAUCUGCCAGGCCAUCAGUGUAGCAGGAAGUGUCCUGACCAAAGCCCUGCUGGAGGUGGAAGGGGGUCCUUCAGAACGUGUUCCACCAAUCAUCCGUCAAGGCCCAGCCAAUCAGACGUUGGGUCUGGGGUCCAUUGCCCAGUUGCAGUGUCAUGCGAUUGGUGGACCCUCACUAAGGAUCAUGUGGGAAAAGGACGGGGAGAGGAUUGUGGGGGAUGACCCCCGCAUGACCCUGAUGGAGAACGGGACACUGCAGAUCACUAAUGUUGAGGAUAAGGAUUCGGGAAUGUACACUUGUGUGGUGUCCAGCGCCACGGGCGAGUCGAGCUGGAGCGGGACACUCACCAUAAGAGAGGACGGAGCCCCUGGGUCAUCAGUUCCCCGGGUGUCAGAGUCCAUCCAGCUGCCAGGGCCGCCCCAGAAGCCUGUGGUGACGGAUGUGACCAGGAAUACAGUCACCCUCACCUGGCAGUCCAACCCCCACGAGGGUGGGGCUGCUGUCACCUCCUACAUCAUCGAGGCCUUCAGCCAAUCCGUUGGCAGUGUGUGGCAGACGGUAGCUGACCACGUGAAACAGGAGAAGCACACCGUCAUCGGCCUGUACCCAAACACUGUCUACCUGUUCAUCGUCCGAGCAGUGAACUCCUACGGUCUGAGUGACCCCAGCCCAAUCUCUGAACCCAUCAGGACACAGGAUGGGAGUCCUACAGAGCAGGGGGUAGACCGCAGACAGGUGCAGAGAGAACUAGGGGAGGUGUCUCUCUACCUGCAGAAGCCUGUGGUCCUAUCACCCAGCAGUGCCCAGGUCUCCUGGACUGUGGCACGUCAGUCUCAGUACGUGCAGGGAUUCAGGCUGCUGUACCGCUCCACUGGCAGCGCCUGGUUAGUCCAGAAUGUGAAAGUGGGGCCUGAGCUCACCACUGUCCUAUCAGACCUGCACACGGACACAGAGUACGAGGUGAAGGUCCGCCCCUACUUCAACGAGCUGCAGGGACUGGACAGCCCCCUGGUGCAGCUACGCACCCCUGAGGAGGUGUUAAGUGCUCCCCCGCAGGCUGUGUCGGUGGUCCAGCUCAGCAACAGCUCUAGCAUCAGUGUCUCCUGGGAACCUCCCCCCGCUGAUGUUCAGAGUGGUACAGUCCUGGAGUACAAGGUCUGGUGCCUGGGGAGUGACACUGAGUUGAAGACAGAGAGCCAUAUCAACAGGACAGUUGAUGGAGCGGGGUUGUCCAUCCUACUGACUGGGCUGCUGCCAGACCUCCAGUACAGUGUGAUGGUGGCGGCAGUCACCAACUUGGGAGUGGGUGAACAUAGCCCACCUAUAGACCUGGUCCUCGCCCUGUCACUGGACAUGCCUUCAGACCCUCUGCAGAAAGACAACAGCCUCAGUCUAUCAGAGCAGAUCACGGGAGUGGUCAGCCAACCAGCGUUCAUCGCUGGGUUGGGUGUGGCCUCAUGGCUGGUGCUCAUGGGGUUCAGUGGUUGGCUAUACUGUCGCCACCGCAGGAGGAAAGAGCUGGGACACUACACCACCUCAUUUGCCUACACACCUGCAGUUGGAUUUGCUCACAGUGAAGGAUCUGGUCUCAGCAACGGAAGUAGACCAGGGAUGCUGGACUCCAACAUGGGGAACUACCCAUGGCUAGCAGACUCCUGGCCAGCCCCUGGCCUUGCCCACAAUGGAAAAGACUCAGUCAACUGUUGCUCUGGCAAACUGGACUCUACAGACAGAUACUACAAUGUUGGCAUCUCCAAUUACCUGAGCCAGUCUGAGAAGUACAGAUCAGUGUCCACAGACAGUCCCAUCUACAGCACCAUCAAUACAGCUGCUGCUGAGGACCUGCAGGGUUUAGCCUACUACAACAAAUACUCCAACACCCCCUACACCCAGGGCUCCAACACCCCCUACACCCAGGGCUCCAACACCCCCUACACCCAGGGCUCCAACACCCCCUACACCCAGGACUCCAACACCCCCUACUCCCAGGGCCCUGACCCCUAUGCCAUUACCCCCGUCCUCUCCAACUCUGGCCUCUUCGGUCUGGAGCAGGACCUGGACCAGUUGACUGUCCAGUCUAGAGAGUACGCCAAGCUGCAGUACGCCAGGACAAGCAAUGCCAAGCUGGUGAAGCAGAGGUCCACGUGUCCUCCAUCCAAGCCUGCACCACUCAACUGGGAGGAUGUGCUAUCUCUACCACUGCCUGCUAAUAAAGAACGGGGUUACACAAAGAGAGACAGGGAUGAGGGGAGGAACAGCUCAGAUGAGGAUGAGGAGGACUGGUGUCCCCCGCUGCCAGCCAGGACCUACCUGAUGGAAGGCUCCAGGGAUGAGUUACCCAGCCUGCCCUCCUCCAGAAGAGAGGAGCUGACCCAGGGCUCCACCUCCAGCCUGCGGUCCACAGUCAUACUUCCCCCCUCCCCUCAGGAGGAGACACACCCCCUCAACCCCAACGACAGCCCCCCGCUGCAGCACUUUGACCUGCUGGCAUGCUACGGGCCCAGUUCCCAUGUCUCCCAUUCCAACCACAACCUGUUUGCCAAUAAGGAUGAUGCCAGCGGGCCAUAUGAUGCCAGCGGGCCAUACCACACCAACCAAUGGGGAGACACCUCCAUGGGGGAGAGCUAUAUUUCAGAGAGGAGUGGGGGAGGAGGACAAUCUCCUCCUUUCCUGGCUGAGUCCGCCCACGCUACUCAGGGGCAUAGAACCAGGAGCAAGAAGAAAGUCCUCAGGGAGGGCCAGCACCGACGAGAGCUGCAUGACCAAGCAGUCUGUGCAGACCUGCCCCCUCCGCCGGCCCCACCCCCUGCAGCAGACGACCCCCUGCAGCUCCUGGCUGAUGUGCUGGGCUGCAGCCGGACACCGUCGGCGGACAACUCGCCGGCUCUGCAUAGGAGAGAAGACUACUCCUCACCCCAUAAGAGAGGGCCUACCAUGUGGGGCUCACAGGAUGAGGGUGUAAUCCCAUACUGCCCAUCCAGCUUUUUGCCCCGGGGCCAGAUGUCAGACUACGGUUCCCUUGGUGGAGGGGCGUCCUCGCGGGCUUCAACAGGACAGAGAGGGCCUGGAGCUGUCCGGAGGAGGGACGAGAACCUCAUGUAGCUGGAAGCAGAUUAUGUGAUGUGAAGUUCUCCGCCAUGUGUUUUUUAAAAGGUUCUUUUGCUGCUUUCAUUUUUGCUGAAAUCCAGCCUGUUGCCAUGGUGUCAAAGAAGAGCGGAAAAGAGCAUUUAGGCUUGCCACCUGCUUUUUCAAUAUUAGUUCAUAUUUUCGUUUUUUAUUUAUUCAUAAUUUGUAUGUGAUUUGAUGUCCUGCCUCUGUAUAUAAACAUCUUUGCAAAUUUUUUUAAACAUGACCUGGGAUAAAGAUAAUAUAUUGUAUUUUAAGAAAAGGGAAAGAAAGUCUUAAAAUGACUAUAGAUAUUAUACAUCGGAUGUUUGAAUGUACCUUAUGUUUAUUGUUUACCAUGGUGAUGUUUGUGUAAUGAAAGGAUAUGAGGCAGAAACUCUGUUAACAAGACCUGAUAGUUGGGCAUCUGUGAGGUUCUGUGAGUGUGUUGACAGUUUCUCUUUCUCUCUCGCGCGCGCUGUCAUUGUGGAGUCAACCUCCUGCUUCUUCUAAACCGGCAUAUCGAUCUUUUCAACAGCAGAUGAAAUAGCCUUGUCAUUUUAGGUUGUGAUGCUGAAAAUGUGUGAACCUAUACCCUUGUUAAACACCAAUUGUUAUGUUCUGUCAUCAGUGGAAUGAUUUGUUAAAAAAUAGAAAUAAAACAUUUGUUACUCUAAAGA